AUGAGAGGGGUGUGUGGGGCAGAGACUCAGGGGCAAGAGCGAGUGGCGCUGCUGGCCAUGCUGCAUAUGUCGGAGGUCUAUUAUGAUUGCGAUAAUCCGGAGGCUAUGGCGACCCCGGCGUCGAUGACGAAGUUGGCGAUGCCUCUGGAGACGGCGCCUUGGAACCCGAAAGUGCGUUUUUGUGACUUGGCUACGUUUACGAAGAAGACGAGGAUUUCCCGGAGAGCCGCGUUGGCCAUUGCGUUGGAGACGGUGAGUAAGUUAGACAAGGCAUGUACCUCCCAACGUGUGCCGGUACUUGCACACACCAGCGAGAUCUGGCUGCCUGCGAUGUACGAAGAGAACGAUGUGCAGGCCGUCGCGGUACUGCUGUCCCCGACCGUUGCCAAGAUGUUACGCCCAACAAAGAAGUCGUCGAAAUGGGAAGCACCGUGGGAGGCACCGUGGGAGGGAGUCGAAGCGAUGCCUGCGGAAGCGAUGCCUGUGGAGGCGAUGCCCGUGGAAGCGAUGCCUAUGGAAGCUAUGCCGUCGGCGGAAGCGAUGUCUGUGGAAGCGAUGCCGUCGGUGGAAGAUAGGGUGACAGAAGCCGCAGCGGUCGCCACCUCAGGUGAGGUGUUGCGACAGCUGGCGAGUGACGGGUGCGUGGUCGCGAAGAACACGCUCUUGGCUUCCGGUCUCUGUUUCAAGGGCUGCUGCAAUCCCCAAUGGACAUUCGGUAUCGUUUCUGGUGAAGAAAUUGUCGAAGGACUAUCGGGCAAAGGUUGCCGUACCUACGCAGAGUGGCUGACCAAACUGGACGACUUAUGGGAACGCUGUUGCGGCACUCACUACACGCUACAAGCGUGGACACAGACUGCGGAAUCAGCAACGUUGCAAUGA